ACAACUCUAGCCACCCCAUGAUAUCAUUAUACAAGAAGGCAAGUUAAUUACUGCAUAGAAGCAAUGGAAACAGGAGGGGAAAUGAGGAGUGUGGAACCAUUGAGCAUAGAACAAGGUCAAACAAAGGGCAGUGAGAAUCAUAAGUAUGGUCUUACUUCUGCUCAUACCACAGACCAUGAUUCAUGGCAACAAGUGGGAUUGCUGCUAGUGACAGGUUUCAACUGCGGAUGGAUACUCAGUUUUUCAAAUCUCAUGUUGGUGCCUUUGGGUUGGACAUGGGGUAUCAUAUGCCUGUUUGUUGUGGGGCUCUUUUCUGCCUAUGCUAACUGGCUCUUGGCAGCAUUUCACUUCAUUGAUGGUCAGAGGUUCAUUAGAUACAGAGAUCUUAUGGGCUUUCUUUUUGGCAGAGAAAUGUAUUACAUCACUUGGGUGUCUCAAUAUUUGACCCUUCUUCUUGGAAACAUGGGUUUCAUUCUCCUCGGUGGUAAAGCACUAAAGGAGAUCAAUUCAGAACUUAGUGACUCACCUUUGAGGCUCCAAUAUUUCAUCAUCAUCACCGGAGCAGCCUACUUCAUAUUUGCACUUGUUAUUCCAACAAUGUCUGCAAUGAGAAGUUGGCUUGGAGUCUCUACCAUCCUCACUUUCACUUUCAUCACCAUCAUUCUAUUGGUAUUGAUUCAUGAUGGGAAAUAUAACAGAAGUAGAGAUUAUGAGAUACCUGGAAGUAAAGUGGGCAAAGUUUUCAAUGCCUUUGGUGCAAUUUCGGCCAUUAUUGUUUGCAACAACUCUGGCUUGCUACUAGAAAUACAGUCAACUUUGCGAAAGCCAGCAGUCAAUAACAUGAGGAAAGCCUUAUAUGUACAAUUUACCGUGGGGCUCAUAGUCUACUAUGGUGUGAUCAUUGUAGGGUACUGGGCUUAUGGCUCAGCGGUAUCUGUAUACCUUCAUGAAGAGCUAAGCGGUCCUAAAUGGGCCAAGGUCAUCAUUAAUGCUUGUGUCAUUCUACAGUCUAUAGUCUCCCAGCAUAUGUUUGUCGCACCAAUUCAUGAGACACUUGAUACUAGGUUCCUCAGGCUCAAUGAAAGCAUCAAUUCAAAAGAAAACAUCAAACGUAGAUUCCUCCUGCGAGCACUCCUCUUCACAUUCAAUACAUUUGUGACAGCAGCUUUUCCUUUCAUGGGGGAUUUUGUAAACUUGUUAGGAUCAUUUACGCUCAUACCCAUAACCUUUAUCUUCCCAAGCCUGAUUUUCAUCAAGGUGAAGGGAAAGACAGCAAGAGUGGAAAAGAAGGUGUGGCACUUGUCUAACAUUUUUCUCUUUUCCCUCCUUACCGUAGCAACCACAUCUUCUGCAGUUCGAAUAAUUAUUGAAAAUAUUCGGGAGUAUAAUUUCUUUGCAGAUGCAUAAAUACAUGUAUGUUAAGUACCAUACAUUAUUUGUAUGGUACCUGGGUUGCACUUUUCUACACUUUGAAUGAACAUACAUUAUUUAUCAAAAAAAAAAUGGUCAUGGUAUACUACUACGACUAUGACAAUUGACUGCAGCAAGGUCCCUUAUUUGCAGAAAAAUUUGCAAGGAACAACCAUUUCAAAGUGGCAAAUAUAGUAGAAAUGUGUAAACUAAUUUUUCUUUUUUGAUUAGAAAAAGACCUCCUAUGCACAUGCACAUCGCUGACACAAGACCAAGAGGAUGUUGAUGAGUUUACAUUUGCCACUAAGAUACAAUAUUUUAAGACCUGGUAGUAGGUUCAUUCUGGACAUGAUCUAUCACUAGCUAGGCAAGACUUCAAAAUGCUACAAAUAAUAGACAAUAAGAAAAUCACAUUAUUUUCUGAACUAAUAUUAAAGCCAUCUCCAAAUCUAAACAUCAUCUCUAAAGGAUCAACUUGAAGCUUUGCCCAGGUUGAAAGUUGAAACAAGCAUCUAACCACCAGUGUUUAUGGUAGGGAGAUUGAUACUUUGGGGAGCCUUUUAGUAAGCCCAAAGGUCAUUGUGUCCAAGGCACAACGAGAGUCCAUGAAGUAGGGGCAAAGGUGCGUGGCGCGGGCAAAACUCACAUAGCCUACAAGUGAUCUUGGAGAGGGCCCAUAAGAUUGAUAAAAGGCUUUCGUUUGAGGAAGAGUGUAGCAAUGUGGUGAUGGACUCAC